AUACGUGCACCAGCUGUUAUACGCACACACAAUCGAGCCAAUACACGGACGAGCAAGCAAUUCAACACCAAACACACUCUGCGUUGUGUUCGUCUACCGUGGAUGUUGAACUAUUCCUCCGAGUGCGCCGUGGCGUGGGGUGGGCAUUUGGCGAUGAGUAGUUUUAAACACUGGUCUUAAAGUAGCAAGGUGGACAAUAUAAGAACUCGCCAUCAGACAAGACACUCAUUAUAUGAUUGCAUUGCAGAAUGAUGCAGAUCGUGACAGAUUGCACAUCCAAGAGUGAAUGGAUUGACAAACAUUGCUUUUGCCGUACUUCGAGUCGAUUGCUUGCUCUCCGAUUUUCUUUCUUUGUGGAAGGGUCGUUCAUCGUUGUCCCAUCCAUUGACAGAGAGGUGACUUAUUCCUCUCUUUCAAAGACUUAUAGUGGAUAAGGAAAUCAGAAACUCUGUUUCCUGUUAUCAGCCAGCAGAAGUCAGUACAAACUACAACAGGAAAGGAGUAAAGCUAUUCGCUCCGCAGAUGAGCCAUGCAUGUAAAACCACCGAUUAACUACAUAUGACAUUUAUCGCCUGACAAAUACAAACCGGAGACGAGUCAGUGGUAAUUUGUGUCAACCGGAAUGGCUGGGACUAAAUGAACAUUGACUGGCGGGACUGCACGCAGCAUCUGUGCAGAUUUUUAGUCCAUUUGCAGUUUGAUGAUGUCACUAUCGAUAGGAGCCGUCCAUUUGAUUGUUGAGGAAACAUAAACUUCAAGCUACAGAUUGGCCUAUGAGUGUAUAGUUGUGACUGCUGCACAAACUGAUUUAUUAUCGUACCUGGACAGAAUGCUCCACGUCUCUACACAGAAAUUCGAUGUCAGUUUGGAUGAGAGUUAACGUUACUUCCAAUUGAAUUUCUGAUCAUUUUUAAAUACUCUGAGAGCUCUUGCCUUUUCAGCAACCAAUUCAGGUAAAAAAAUUCAGAGGAGGAAAAGCCCUCAUUCUCCAAAAGACAAUUACCAAGAGCGGAUAUUUAACGUCGCUUAGCCUGCUGACAUCGAGAAGAGGUGAUACCACGGGGCCCCAGCGGCUUACAGGCCAGCCGACUAGAACAACCGAGACGUGCUCAUGAAUUUCUGAAUGGUAUUUAAUUCACAACACGCGUUGGAAAAAAGAUAACAACGAUGACAUUACAGCUUGCUUGCCAAUUCAUUUUGACGCUUGAGGCCUGAAUGAGUGUAUUUUCUUUCGCAACUGCGAUGUUUGUAUGAAUGGUAUAUUAUAAUAAAAACAUAGAUAACAUCUGAACACCGGAUCUCGCUUCCUGCUUAAUUUGACGGACAGGGGGGGGCGGAGAGACAUCUUCAGACAUUCAAUCGAUUGUGUUUGGUUGCAAGGGGAUUCAAAGACACUUAUCACCCGGUUUGUUCACAACUCCCUUAAACUCGGCACUUGUCUGUCGUGAACUUUGCGCAAUCCAUUACUGGAGAAAGCGCCGUGAGACCGGCCUGUCAAUGCUUUAAUCUGACACUUCAAUCGAAAUUAACAGGCAAGCGCCUGUAAAAAGCGGUCAAUCCAUGCACCAGAGACUGUCUUUUGUAUCACAUCCGAUCUGCUCUCCUCUCAACAGCAGAAAUGCUUCUUUGCCGUAUCGUGUUAUCUAGAGCAAUUCAGUAAAUCGAUCAGAGAAAGUUCUCUGGAAAAUUAGCACGGGUAAGAUGUACUACUUGCGACAGAACAUGAUCGCCGAAUGAUGGCGAGCGAUGAAAAGUGAUUGAUUCUGACAACAAUUAAUCGACAAGAACCUCUUAGAGGCAUCUCAAGCUACGACUCAUCCCUCGUCGGAAUAAAUCCGUGCAAACAGGACCACGCAACUACAAACAUGUUUAGCGUUCUCAGCGAGGAUGACAAGUAUGACACAAUUUUAACCUACUUUUAAAAAUAAGGCAUCAUUUUUUGGAGUGUUUUUCAAAUUUACACUCGUCUGCGCAGACGGGUGUUAAUUACUACACGACCGUGGAAUCGAAGGUAUAUUGAUUUAGGAGUUUUUACCGGCUUGUAUUACACGGACGCUUACACCGAUUUAAUUCCCAAACAUUAUCAUGUACACACAACUUGAAAACUCAGACUGACAUGUACUACUAUCAACGUUGAUUUGACAGCCUGGUGAUACGACUGGUUGUACUGUUUCUGCUUCUGCUAACAUGUUUUCAAGGUGAAGUGGGCACGCACGCAGGAAAUUAAGCAGCACGUUUGCUUUGAAAUUGUUAAUCACUUUGAAAUUGCAGAUGCACCCAUUAAUGGACACGUAAACAAGUACAGCAGCCGGGACGACGUCUAACGGCGCCUUUUUAUGGUCAUAGUUAGAGUGGUUAAGGUACAAACUGUGAAAUACUUCAAGUUGGGGAAAAAGUAUCAAAAUGAGUGAGGCGAAAUACUCCCCGCCUCUUGACUAUGAAACUUCUUCUGAAGCUAGCAGCUUCUUCGAGGCUGGCUCGUUCAAUGAUUCUGAUAACGAGACGGGGUAUGCGCCAAUGAACUGUCACUUACCAGAAGCGCCAAUCGCAGUGAAGGGAGUCAUUGGCCUCCUUACCAUCAUCAUCAUUAUCCUUGGAAUCUUCGGCAAUGUCCUCGUUUGUCUGGUGGUCAUUCGGCGUCCUAAGAUGCGAACCGUCAUCAAUAUUUUUAUUUGCAAUCUCGCCAUUUCGGACCUGAUAUAUGCCGUCUUAGGAUUCCCUAUGAACAUCACGGCGUAUUUGAGCUUCGUGUGGGUACUGCCUGGCUUCCUGUGCAAGGUUUCAGCUUAUGUUCCCGCCGUGAUGAGUUUCGUGUCGACGCUCACGUUAUCCGCCAUCGCAGUUGAUCGCUUCUGUCUCGUGGUCUAUCCACUCCUCAAGCCCAUCAACAAGACAAGAUGUUACAUAGCGCUGGCUAUCAUUUGGUUGAUGAGUACAAGCCUUACCUUACCUAUUCCAAUCUUUACCGAUAUGGAAGAUUAUAGUUUCUAUUUUGGGCAAAAAGUUGUAAUAUGCCAAGAAACUUGGCCCAAAGGCCAUGGUCGAAAGCGCUACAGCAUUGCCAUGUUUCUUAUCCAGUUCUUUUAUCCCUUGUUACUAGUAUCAAUCGCCCACACGUGUAUAUCUGUAAAGUUGAGUCGAAACGUGCGACCGGGAAUGCGUGGCCGGGAUAGUGAGGUUCGGGAGAAUCAUCGCCGGCAACGAAUGAAUCGCAUGUUAUCAGCAGUAGUCAUUGUAUUUGUAAUGUGCUGGUCACCAUUCAAUAUCUUUCUUCUCCUCCAUGAAUUUGGAGUAGCUGUUCCAUGCAUAUGGAUGAUGAUCUCACAAUUAAUCGCAGGGAGCAGCAUCAUCGUGAAUCCCAUUCUUUACGCCUGGUUGAAUGAUAAUUUCCGGAAGGAAUUCCAUCGCUUGUUGCCUUUCCUCACGUGUUUAGAGGACGCUAUGUCAGUGGUAUCUAACAAGAGCACGACAGGGGCGGUGUCAGGAUCAAACAUCAAUGGAAACAUCAAACGUAAGGAAAGGCCCACAGGAGCUACGUACCUUCAGCCCACCGCGGCAGAGAGUACCGUAUCAGGGGCUACUCCAAUACUCAACACUCGUAAACUUGCUGUAGAGGAUACGACGAUGUAACCCGUCACAUUGCUUAUUUCUGCUAGGAAAGGACUAGCCCUUGGAACAUGAAUAAGACUGAACGAUUUCAGUGGACGAAUCUAUAAGAAAAAAAAAUGUCGAACGUUUCAUUGAAACAGUGUUGAUCUUUGUCACAGAAGUGACGAUGUCUCCUAAACUAUUUUCUUCCUCAUGCAGUACACGUAAUCAGAAGUGCAAAUGUGAAUGCAGAUGUGUCCUUCUCACCUCCUUGGUGUCGCAGAAUAGGACCUGAGAAACGGAUAAGAUCAAAAUUGAGACACAAUAAUGUGUCCUUGUAUAGCGAUGGCUUCCAGCACACUGAACGUGAGGAAAUUCUGUAAAUCAGGACUCAGCGGGCAUGAGACACUUCGUGAAAAUAAAAUUAACAACUGUUAACUUGGAAAUGUCGACAACGGUCAAUGACGACGAAUCGUAGUACUCUAUCUCUUUCUCUGAAAAAUGGCAACAAAGAACACGCACCUGCCCUCUAAGAAAUUUGACAAAAGAAAAAUCGCUGAGCAACGAGCAGACGCAACAUGCAACAUCAGUAAAAUCGUUAAAUGUGAUCUUUUUUUUGUCAUAACAUGUUUUGAAAUUAUCUAAGUAAUUUUGUUUAAAUGAACUUCAUGAGUAUCAGUACAUUUUCCUAGAUUAAUUUCCUCUCUUUGCUAAUUUGUGUUGUUAUUAUUUUUUUUAAAAGAGAAUCGAUUGCCUUGCUGAAGAAAGAGUAUUUACAUUUCAUUGUUCCAACACUAUCAUGUACAUCACCUAUUUCUCAAGAAAAUUGGCCCAAAAGGAAGAUAUCUGUGCAAGCUAUAUACGCUUGCACGAUCUCUGAGAUUCCUGUGUUAUGACAGAGUUGAUAUGGUAUUGCUUUAAAGCUCACCAACCAUCAAACCU